AUGAGGCUAUGGGCCUUUCUUUUCCUAGCCUCUGCAGAGCGCAUCUACGACUUUCUGGAUGUAAAGGUCCACCCCUUUCCCACGUCCUGCAAUGGAACCCAAGCUUUGCAGGGUAACUACACUGUGGAAGUUGCCGCCACCAUCCCAACAUCAUGUCGUCUACAAGGCCGGGGAGCCACAGUCCUGCUAAAGGCACCUUUGACCUUCUCCGGGGAUGUGAUCAUGGAGGGCGACAUUGCCUGGAUCGGGGAGGAGCCUUUCAGUCAGGCCUGCGUGGCAGCGCGCAGCCUGCAAAUUGGCGGAGGCAGCUCGAAGGACCGGAUCAGCUUCCAAGACUGCCACAACAGGAAGAGCUUUGGGGGGGCACUCCUCGUGGAGGACAACUUGGCGGUUCUGCCUCAUGCGGCUCUUUCUGUGCAGCAGUGCAGCAGUUUCAAAGGUGGAGGCGGCGCCUACGUUAGUGGCACGGUUAUGCAGGAGGGGCGUCUUGAGAUGUCCGGAUGCCACAGUGGAGGUGGGGGGGGCGGCUUGCAAGCUACGAUCGGGCUGGUGCAGGGCCCAGAGGGUGUGAUGAGCUUCUCUCAGUGCCAGGCUCAGGAUAGUGGGGGGGGGCUCUUGGUGGAAGGUGAUCUACAGCUUCAGGGGAAGCUGCGUGUGGAGGACUGCGCUUCCGAGGCCCAGGGAGGUGGAGUCGCCGUUCACGGCACCCUCUUGCAGCUUGCGGGAACCAUUGGCUUCCAAAAUUGCACAGCUGCUGUCGCGGGUGGGGGGCUUCACGUGAGCGCCUGGAAUCAGACGAAGGGCUUUGCAAGCUUUCGACUCUGUCAGGCGGGGGCAGGGGGAGCUGUCUUCAGCAGCGGCGAUGUGCACCUCGCAGGGACGAACCAGUUCAAUGUCAGCAAGGCCAGCAAUGAAGUCAGCAAGAGGAGAACGAGAGGAAGCGGUGGUGGCAUGUCGAUCAGGAAGGGCAACCUGGUCCAGCACGGCGGUUCGAUGAGUUUCUUCCACUGCGAAGCCGAAAGUGGUUACGGCGGAGGCUUGUCUCUGGACAGUGGUUUCCUGCACCAGAUGAGCGAGGCCGUCAUGGUCUUCGUUCGCUGCAAGGCUCACUCAGGGGGAAGCUGGCGAGUAGGUGGCGAAGUUCAGCUUCAGGGAAGCAUGUCAUGCUCAAACUCCGAAGCAGACUAUGGGGGCUGCGGAACACUCGGCAGCAGCAUUACGGUGGUGGGUGGAGAGCUAUUUUUCACCGGAUGCAUGGCUCGAACUGAGGCCGGCGGAUUGAUGGUAGCGAAAACCUUCGUCCAGGAAGCCGGCACGGUGUCUUUCAACACCUGCAGGAGCCAACAUACAGGAGCAGGUUGCCUGCAGGUUGGCGCCUUGAAACAGUCUAACGGUUCCCUGCGCCUUGCUGGCUGCACCUCUCAGACGGGUUCUGGGGGAAUAGUCAGCAAAGGCCCCGUGGACCUGGCUGGCUCCAACGUGUUCAGCGACUGUUCAACCAAAUCGUCAGGGGCUGGCCUGUCGAUUAAGGUAGGCAACCUCGUCCAGCACGGUGGGUCGACGCGGUUCGAACGAUGCAAUGCAGAAGGAGAUGGUGGAGGCGUGUACCUCGAUCGGGGCUCCUUACAUCAGAAAGAUGGCGUCAUGGACUUCCUCAAGUGCUCCGCGAAUGGAAGAGGAGGCAGCUUGCGCGUGAAGGGCGACCUGAUCGUCAGGGGCAACCUUUCCUGCUCAGGAUCUUACGCCAGGGUGGAUGGGGGUGGGGCCAUUGUGGGUGGCAAGCUGAAGCAGCUUGGUGGGCACUUGGUAUUCAAGAAGUGCACAGCGAAACGUGGAGAAGGUGGAGGGGGAGCGCUGGUAAAGUUCGUGGUGCAGGAGGGCGGGACGAUGUCCUUCCGAGGAUGCGAAGCCAAUGGAAAAGGAGCAAGUUGCCUGCAAACUCGAAGCUUGACGCAGCGAAAUGGCUCCAUGCAGGUUACAGGCUGCAAAGGGGGUGACAGCGGGGCAGUUCUCAGCAAAGGCCCGGUAGAGCUGGCGGGCUCCAACCUUUUCUCCCACUCAUCGAAUGAGAAUGGGGGUGGCUGCCUCCUGAUCAAGGAAGGGAACCUCACCCAGCACAGGGGCGUGACCGAGUUCGACCGGUGCAAGGCUGGCAAAGGUGGUGGUGGUUUGCUCUUGGAAAAGGGCUCCUUACAUCAGAAGGCGGAGGGCACGAUGGUUUUCUCCAAUUGCGAGGCGCGUGCUCUGCGUGGUGCUGCACCUGCUGCUGUUGCCGCUAGCAGUGGUGGUGGCUUGCGGGCCAAUGGUGCACUUUACCUGCAUGGCCACCUCUCUUUCAAGGGCUGCAAGGCCACGGUCUUCGGCGGCGGAGCGCAGGUGACUCUUUUAAGACAGCUUGGCGGGACCCUGGUCGUGGAAGGGUGCUCUGCAGGCAGUGGUGGUGGGAUGCAUGUGAGGCGGACCUUUGCCCAGGAUGCUGGGAAGGUGUCCUUCCGAAAUUGCACGGGUAGACGCGAAGGAGGCUGCCUGUACACAAGAAACUUCAACCAGUCGGGCGGCUCAUCGGAGUUCGUGCACUGCCGUGGCCAGGACAACGGGGGAGCCAUCUACAGCUGGCGCGACGUGCACCUGGGCGGCUCGACCUUUCUUGCCAACUCCUCGGUGGAAACCGAGGAUGCCCACGGCGGCUGCUUGUUGGUCGCAAAAGGAAACCUCACCCAGAGUGGCGAUACCAAGUUCUCGGGGUGUGCAGCUUACCGGGGCCACGGUGGUGGCUUGGGCCUCCGCAAUGGCAGCCUCAUUCUCGCCGCAGGCACCAUGGACUUUGACAGCUGCACAGCUUCCUGGAACGGGGGAGGCGCCUUCGUGCCAGAGCAUGUGGAGGUGAUCUCCGGCAAGCUCACGUUCCUCCGCUGCCGCUCGAAGGGCUGGGAGGGGGGAGGGGGCCUCUACGUUUCGGAGGGUGACCUCCUUCAGCAUGGCGGCGCCACGCACUUCCAGGAUUGCAAGGCAGCAAGUGGAGGUGGUGGUGGGGUCCACAUCCAGCAAGGCGCCCUGCAACUCCUCGCGGGCAGGAUGAGCUUCGAGCGGUGCGCGGCAGAUGGAGCCCAGGGCGGUGGCGGCUUGCUGCUCACGCAAGGCGACUUUCGGCAGGCGGCAGGAUCCGCCCUGUUCUCAUACUGCGCGGCAAGGGCGGGCUAUGGCGGCGGCUUGAAUCUCAUCGCUGGCUCCUUACACCAAAGCUCCACUGAUGGCAGCCUCAACUUUUACAAUUGCGAGGCACGUGCUGGGGGCGGCGUCGCUGUCAAGCGGAAUGCCACGCUCCUGGGUGCAAGUACCUUCAACAGCUGUGUUGCCCGCAGCCGCAGUGCAGAACGAGGGGGCGGUGGGGUCUUUCUUGACAAAGGCUACCUGCACCUCCAUGGAAGCUUGCACAUGACAGACUGCAGCACCAUGAGCAAUGGCGGCGGCGUGCUUGUAAAGAGGGGUGGCAUCAUAGCGAUCGGAAACGUUUCCGUGACCAACUCCAGCGCACGGAGGAGUGGAGGUGGUAUCUACCUGGCUGGAAAGAUGGAACAACUGGGCGCUGGAGUGAUCGAGUUCCGCCAUUGCGCAGCGUACAGUGCUCAUGGUGGUGGCAUGUGGGCUGGAGGUCUGUCCAGCCACAGUGAGAUCCUUUUCGACAGCUGUACUGCCGGCAACGUAGACGGGAACGGUGGCGGGCUGGCCAUUGAAGGAGCCGUCGAGCAGACUGGCACGAUGAGCUUCCUGAAAUGCUCAACAGGUGGGAAAGGCGGUGGAUUCUACGUGAAUUCCACUCGCCCUGGAAUGCUGCAGCACAUAAGCUUCGAUCAAUGCAGCACAGUUGGCGUGGCACACUCGCUUUUCUCCACCGGCCCGCUCAAUAUCUCGGACUUGAAGCUCUUGUGCAAUGACGCCAAUGACGUGUGCGUCGACGUUCACAGCGAGCUAUCCAUGGCAGGAGUGCGGAUGAAGAGCAACGGUAGUGUCAGCAUCCGGGCAUCGGCACUGGACAGUGGCCGCAUCAGUUGCACCGACACCAAAGCUUGUCAGCUACUCACGCCAAAGGCUUCCCGCAGCAUUGCCGGACUGGUUUGCCCGCUGGGCACUGGCGUCAAUGACACGGACGGCGAGAAGAGCUGCGAGACGUGCAGUGACAACUACACCCAAGUACAGCUGUCCACCACUGCGCCUUGCAAUGUCUGCCCCAUAGAGAAUGAGUUCUGCUAUGCGAGGAAUUUCAAGAUGAAGCCUGGUCACAUGGUUAAGGACACAAAUGUCAGCUUCACCUACUACUGCCCCAACCCAGCGGCAUGCCCAGGAGGGAACUCCAGCAAUUUCACGAGCAUGUGUGCCAAAGGAUACACAGGAAAGUCUUGUGCCAGAUGCAGCCAGGAUCAGGGCUUCGCCAUAUCGGACAGCAGCGUGCUCUUGUGCACCCAGUGUGCCUCGCAGCAGUGGAAGCAGUACGCCCAGUGGGGCUACAUGCUCCUGAAGCGCGUGGUACCCUUCGGCCUGUCAGCCGCCAGCGUGCUGAAGGGAGAUGCCGAAGUAAAGCCAAGUGGUGUCCUCAUCAACCAGCUCAUGUCCUUUGCCACGGUCGCAGGUAUGCUUCUUACGGUGAUGGCACAGACUGCGGCCAUGGAGCAGAUUAAAGGAAAUGCUGGGGCGGCUUUUGAUGCCGUGUUUGGUGUGCUGGGCGGCGUUGCAGAUAUGGCCUCAGGACAGGCAACAUUCGAGGACUCGUCUGGAGGCAUGUCUUCCAUUUGCUUGUUGUGGUACAUUGGCUUCUCUGGAAUGCUCUGGCAGGUUCACCUCCUUCACAGCCUGGUGCCUGCCUUGUUGGUGGCAGGGUUGAUGGCAUUUCUCCCCCACGAGAAACGCCGAGUGGCCAUUGUGGUUGGGCUGAACUGCUUCUGGCCGGAAGUCUUCAGCUUCUUCGGCAAGCAUCUCUACUGCUACCAGUAUGCCCCGCAGCUGAUCAAGCGCGAUGCCUUUGAGUGCCCUUUCAUGCCUGACCCAACGGGUCGUCUAGUUCUACGUGUCCUCGCCGUGCUCAUGAUCUUGGCUGUGGCUGGCAUAUGGGUCCGCCUGUCUCUUCCCAGCAAAGGGAGCCAAGAGAGCCCAGGGAGCCUCCCUCUCCACGUCCUCUUCUUGACCAAGCCCUACAGGCCCGGCGUCGCCCUGUGGGAAUCAGAGCGCCUCUUCAGAAAGACUCUUCUCACCAUGGCGGUCUCAGCACUCCCGAUCACGUCAUCCCCGGCCCUACAGCUUGCGUGCAUUGGCUCCAUCGUCACUGUGUCCUUGAUCCUCUAUAUCGCGCUGCUUCCCUACAAAGCCUUACGCUGGAAUCUGACGGAGUGCGCCCUGCUCCUUACGGCCGUUUUCAUGACGGUGCUGGUGUUUGGCCUCACAGCCUACGAUAGCUACUGGGGCCGGGACAUCGCCUUAGAGUACGGGAUGAUCAUGGCGGCAGUCGCGCUGGCAGGCAGCUUCUGCUUGGUGAUGAUGUACCUCAUCUACCGGGAGCUCAUGCAAGAGUGGUACAAGCAAAAGCACCCUGUGGAAGCUGAGGGUCACCCUGUGGAAGCUGAGGGUCCCCGAGGCGAAACAAACGAUUCCCUGCUGUGGCUGAAGUUCAUCU